AAAACACAACAAACACAUGCAGGAUGCAGAAUCGUACUUUGCGUUCAACAUCGCUUAUUUUACUUAAAAUUUUGUAAUUUUAAUUCAGUUAUAUUAGCUUCAGCACUAUCUGGGUGCAGUCUUAUAGUUCGAGUGAAUGUCUCGGUGGUAACGGAAGUUUAAUUUCAUUUCGUGUCACAUUGUGUAAUAUCAAGUGGUUUGUUUAUUGUGUGGUCCGAUUCUAUUUGACAAUGAGCAAUCCUUUUUUGCCCCAUGAACACAAGGAAUGUUCAUGUGAAACCAACUCCUCACUGGCAAGUGUUGAAUAAAAUUCAUAAUGGGUGUUCAUGGACUUUGGAAACUUAUCGAGCCUGCUGGGAAACCAGUGCCCGUAGAAACACUUGAAAACAAGACUUUGGCUGUCGAUGUAUCCAUAUGGUUGCACCAACUUGUCAAGGGGUAUCAAGACUCAGGCGGCGGCACAGUGGCCAAUGCUCAUUUGCUUGGUUUGUUCCAUCGCAUCUGCAAAUUACUCUACUUCAAAGUGAAACCUAUUUUCGUUUUUGAUGGAGGAGUACCAGUUCUUAAAAAGCAAACAAUUGCCGUCAGACGUUCUCAACGAAGCAAAGCUGAUGAGAUUGCCGCUAAACUCCGAGAGCAAAUUUUGAAAAACUUGAUCCAGCAACGGGCUGUUGGCCAUGCGUCUGGCAGUAGAGAAGUCGCGCCGAGCAUACCUUCUCAUCUCCUCAAUCAAAAAGAGGAUGACAUGUUUGAAUUGCCACCUGUGCCUUCAACUUCAAAGGAAGAAGAACCUGAAGAGGAAGAAGAGGAGUUCAAACCAAUGUUUUCAACAAAUCAACUGCAGAAAAUUGAUGUGAACAGUAAGGAAUUCAAAGCAUUGCCUGCAGAUAUGCGACAUGAUAUCCUGUCCGAAAUGAAGGAGCUUAGAAAGCAGAAUUCUUGGAGACACAUCAAUGAAAUGCCUGAUAGUGGUGAUGACUUCUCAGGUUUUCAACUCGGAAGACUUAUGAAACGGCGCAACAUUCAGGUCUCUUUAGAAGAAGCAGCCAAGGAAAUGGGCGGGAGAACACUAAGUUUGAAUGAAAUGCAAAAAAUGUUCGAAGAAGAUGGGAUUAUCACAGAUGCAGAAGUCACUCAAAGGAUUGCAUCAGAUUCCAGCACCCGCUUUGUUUAUAUCCCAGUUGGUCUUCAAGCCUUACGAGGAAAAAUUCCAGCGGAAAUGCUUUUGAAUGAACCUGGUCCAUCAAAAAGUAAAAAAGAUGACUACGAGGAAGAUGUAAAGGAACCUGAAAUGACGAUCAAAAAAGAAGAAGACCCAGAGGUCAUCAAAAUGAUAGAGGAGAUUGAAGAUGAAUUUGCAGCGGAGUCUGACGAAGACUACAUUUCAAUGAAAUCAGAAAGUCCAGAACCACCCAAACUGCAAGAUAUCAGUGAUGAUGAAUUAACUCAAGCUCAAAUUUAUGAGAUUCUUAAAGAAACCAACGGUGUUCCUAGUGCAGGUACUUCAGACAAAGGAGUCAAGCAGGAUAAAUCUCUAACCUCAGUUGAAACCGAGCUUGCCAAGAUGUUUGCUGUUGAUACAAAAAGCAAAGAUGAACAAAGGAAUGAAUUAAAUUUCGAAAACAAAUGUGAACAUGAUGUCCUAGCUGUGUUUGAGGACGUUCCUGCUAAAAAUGAUAGCUCAAAAACUGAGCCGAAUAUUCAGAUCCUUACUAAUGCUAUGGAAGAUAAAGUAGGCUCCAAGUACAGUGCACCUGGUUCAAGUAAUUUUGCAAGCACAAGAAGUGAGGUAAAUGUGAAAAAGGUUGGAAUCAGCUCGAGUACUGAUUGCUCAUUCAACAUCUUGAAGAGUCCAAAAAAGGAAAAAAUGAGUCCUAAAAAAGAAAAAUCGGUGGUUGACAUGUACGAUGAAGAUAGUAGCUCUAAUGAGUUUAUUGAUGUAGCCGAGCAAAAAUUAGCAUCAGGGAACUUAGUCUCCCAAUUUGAUAAAAUAUCUAGGCAAACUUCCUUUCUAACCAACGGAGAAACUAGUAUGAGCAGUCAUUUUAGUCCAAAAAAGGAAUUGUUGAGUCCUAAGAAAGAGAAGAUGAGUCCCUCAAAAGAACAACCUCUCGUAGAAAUGUCUGACAGCGGUAGCAGUUCUGAAGAGUUUCUUGAGGUUGAAGAGCAAAAUGAAAUGAACUCGUUCUAUCAAAAGAGUAAACUCGAUGAAUUUGUUCAAGAAAGCAUGAAGAAAGAAAAAGAGACACCAAGUUUUGAAAUUGUGAUUGAACCAUCCAAGUGCCAAAUAGACGAUUUAUUUGCAGACGUGUUUUCAGGAGUAAUUCCUUCAAGCAGUAGCUGUAAAAAGAGCAUCCAAAAUUCCAGUGAAGUCAAAAACGUAUCUGAAGCCAACUCAGAAGCUGGAAACAGCCUUGGUAGUAAAAUUUUUAAGUCUGAAAACAUUGACGCUGAAGAUAGUGAGGUGUCAAAGGAAAAUAUUAUUAGUUUUGUUGAAAACAAAGACUGUGAGACUAGCACAAAUUUAAUAACCAGAAGGGACAACUCUCCCUCAAAUGAAAAAUUGAAUAUCGAAGGUGAUGGUGAAAGCAACAAAGUGAAUACUGUCAACUCUGAAAAAGUAGAAGAAGAAAGCCAAAAAGUAGUUGUAGCUGCAACUUCCGCAGACGAAGGAGUUGGCGCCGAUAACUGCCCCGCUAAAUCUCUUUCAAAAGAGGAUGAUCCCAGUCGAAAAGCUCAUGAUGAUGCUGGAACUGGCUCCCGUGAACAAAAAACCGAUCCAGAGCUAGACAUGCUCAGUCAGUUGAAUGCACUUGCUAGGAAAAAUUAUGCAGCUCCUCAACAGAAAGACAAAUCAACUCCUGCGUCAAGCAACCCUCCUGGAAAAAAUCCAUCUGAAAAAGGGGUGAUCCCUCCUCAAGGGGAAGAGACUGUACCCAUCAGUGAAUAUACGGAGCCCACACCAAUAGAAGAUGAAGGAGAUGCUGAAUCGAAUGAGUCCGAUGCCAAAGCAGCUCUAGAGGGAACAUCCUCCCAAUAUUUUGAUCCAGACACUUUGAAAAAUUUACAGGCUGAAUUGGAAAUGGAACGGGAUCAACUUUUGAUUGAACGAGGAAGGCAAGAAAGAUUAGCCUCAAGUAUCACAGAUCAGAUGAAUUUGGAUGCUCAGGAGCUCCUGAAAAUUUUUGGUAUUCCAUACAUAGUGGCUCCGAUGGAAGCUGAAGCUCAGUGUGCGUUCUUAGACUCUGCCAUGUUAACUGAAGGAACCAUUACUGAUGAUAGUGACAUUUGGCUUUUUGGAGGAAGGAAAGUCUACAAAAACUUUUUCGAUCAGAAGAAACACGUAUUAUCAUUCAGAAUUGCAGAAAUAACUCAUUUCUUCAAACUUUCGAGAGCACAAUUAAUACAGCUAGCUUUUCUCGUGGGAAGUGAUUACACGCCUGGAUUAAAAGGAGUUGGUCCUGUCACUGCUCUUGAAAUUCUUUCUUUUUUCAAGGAAUCGAAUGAAGAAGAGGAAAGCCGAAGAGUCAUCUUGUCUGGUCUUGAAAAAUUUAAAGAAUGGUUGAAGAAACCUGAGAAUAUCAGAGCACAGUGUGUUUUUGCCAACAAAAUAAAAAAUCUAACUGUGCAUGAAGGUUUCCCAAAUCCUGCAGUUGUGGAUGCCUAUUUACAGCCUGAAGUUGACGAUUCUAAUGAAGGCUUCUCCUGGGGCACACCUGAUUUAAAAGCAUUGGAAGAUUUUGUCUGGGUAAAGUUUGGUUGGACCAAGAGUAAACUGGAUCAUCUUAUGAAUCCGGUGAUGAAAAGAAUAUCAGAAAGAACGAAUCAAACAUCCAUUGAUCGAUUUUUUCAAACUCUUCCGAGUACAUCCCAUGAUAGAGAAAUCAAAAGUAAAAGAGUAAAAAGAGCCAUUGAUCAACUCUCUGGUGAGGUGGAUCCAGAUGAGCCUCUUCCCAGCACCUCAAAGCGGAAAAAGAAGAAAAUCGAAGGGGUAACAUCGAAUGCUGUUGGUGAUGAACAGGAGGCAGGAACAUCUGGGACAAGUAUGGUGGUAGAACCUCCUGUCGCAGAGGGAACUCCGUUCGAUGAACGCAUAAAAACUCUCCAGUCAAAGAAUUUACAAACUAAAACUACCAGAAAGCGUGCCACUAAAAAAAGUGUGGAAUCCGUUGCUCAACCAAGUACCUCAAGUAGUCAAUCAAGUAGUCUCUCAUUGCCAAAAGAAACUGUUGAAUUUGAGGAGAAAAAUAAGUCUGAAGUAAUUCCUCAAAGAGAAAAAGAUAACAUCGAAAAACUCAAGAGAAAGAUGAAAGCCGUUGAAAUAUUUGCUGCAUCUAAAAAAAAUCAAAGAGGAAAACGAAAAAAACCGAAUAUGAGAAGGAAAGGAAAAAUAGAGACCUCUUCCUAUCUAUCAGAAUCUAGCGAUAGCGAAUAAUGUAAUGUAAUUUAAUGAAUCAUAAAUUUUACAUCGUUUUACCGUCCAAUGUUCCUUACUUAACUGUAUAAUAUUAGAUUGGCAUUUAAUUGAUUUUCUCAUGGAGUAUAGCUUAUUUUUAACGCUUUGUAUGUCAACAAAUUUGUAUUUAUUCAUUUUUGUGGCCCUGAAAAAUCAUACAAGGCGAAUUUUGGCGAAAAAUCGGAAACAUUCGAUAUCCAGAAUAAAAAAAUCUCUUGCUCUAAAUUUGAAUGCAACCGCUUUCAAUUUGAUAUUAAUUGCUACUGUUAGUUUGCUAAUGUUAAAUAUAUGAGUCUGCGAUAUUUGCUGUGUACAGUAUAUACGUGGCGCUGUAAGAACACCCUUAUAUCAGACUUAUCUCUAUGUUAGACGUAUGAGACUGACAUGGAGCCCAACUUGUUCAGCACUGAAAAAAUUUCUCUCUAAAGUCUAAAUAGCAACUUCAGGGCUUUAGUCAAUUGGUCUCAAGCUUAGAAUUCUAGGUUUUUAUUCCCCUCUUACUUUUUCCCUUCCCUUUAUCAAAUAGAUUUUGGCCAAAGGUUCUCUAAAUUUUACAUAUUAGGCACUCUUUUAUGCAACUUUUGCAUGGCGGUAACAUUUUCGAUUUAAACAUAUUUCAUUAAGUUGCUUUCAACGGCUGGCCUGUAUGGUAUCACUCAUUAAAAAAUGAGAGUUUUAAUGAUAUUACAUUUUAAAGAACUAUCUUGCACGGUUCCUCAUUUUGUUAACUCUUUUAUAAUUACCAUGUUAAUUUUUUUCUAGUCAAGUGAGUGUUGUGCUAUCGCUUUCACUAAAUUGAUAUACCUGUACUAUAUGGCAUUACAUAAUUUAACAGAAAA